AUGCCCCGCCUUCCCAUGCCUGGCUCUCCAGCCUCCUCGUGGGCAGUUUAUCGUGCUCGGCUGAAAGCGCUCUUCGACGGUGCAGAUGCACGCGUGUGUGCAGCCUUUUGGUUGUUCGGUCUCAUCAACAACGUCCUCUACGUCAUCAUCCUCUCUGCUGCCCUCGACCUCGUCGGUCCCAACGUGCCCAAAGGUGUCGUCCUCCUCGCAGACGUUAUACCGUCCUUCCUCGCCAAGCUAUGCGCUCCAUACUUCAUCCACAAAAUCCCAUACCAUGUUCGCAUCCUUUUCUUUGUGGCGCUGUCGGCUUGUGGCAUGCUCACCAUCGCCCUCACACCCCCUCUGCAGGACUCGACCACAAUCACAAUCAAAAUGUGCGGCGUCAUGCUAGCAUCCUUGAGCAGUGGUGGUGGUGAACUCAGCUUCUUGGGGCUCACCCACUACUAUGGACACUUUGCUCUUGCCUCCUGGGGUUCCGGUACAGGGGGUGCUGGCCUGAUCGGGGCAGGAGCCUAUGCCAUUGCAACAAACACCCUUCGCAUUACCCCUCGGACGAGUCUGCUGGUCUUCUCGUUCCUCCCACUGGUCAUGGUAGUAAGCUUCUUCUUGGUUCUGCCACUCGGUCCGCUACGGGCUGGCACUGUGAAGAAAGAUGGCUACGAAGCUAUAGCCGAUGAAGUCCAGGAGGAAGAAGCCGAUGAUACUGUUGCUUCAGAGCCAGAGCAAGAAGGGCUGUUGUCGACCUCUGUCCACUGUGCUUCUGGACGCAGCUCUGUAUUCGCCAAACAGAGAGCCGGUGGAGCCCUCGACAGCUUCAAGCAUAACCUUCAUCGCGCCCAAGGCCUCUUCUUCCCCUAUAUGCUGCCACUCCUUCUCGUAUACAUUGCCGAAUACACCAUCAAUCAAGGUGUUGCACCUACCCUCCUCUUUCCUCUCGCCUCGUCCCCCUUUACCGAAUAUCGCUCUUUCUACAGCACUUAUGGCGCUAUUUAUCAAGUCGGCGUCUUCAUCUCCCGCUCUUCUACGCCCUUCAUUCGCAUCCACAAUCUCUACCUGCCCUCUUUCCUACAGGUCGCCAACUUGGCUCUACUCACACUCCACGCAAUGUUCGACUUCAUACCCAGCUACUACAUCAUAUGCGCCACCAUAUUCUGGGAAGGUCUCUUGGGUGGGCUGGUCUAUGUAAGUACCUUUGCGGAGAUUACCGAUAAUGUGGCCAAGGAGGAUAGAGAAUUUAGUCUGGGAGCCACCAGUCAUGAAUACGUCUCGAGCAAACUUACUGCACAUUACGCAUCAUCUGAAGAAAUAUCACGCAAAUAA